CCAACAGCUUCUUCCCCUCAAAGACCACUCCGGCGAGAUUCUUCCCAGACCGGCCGGCGAAUCACAGCUCGAUCGAUCGUUCUCCGGCGAGCCAGCAACCACUCCCUGAUCGGAAUGGACUUCGGAGGGGCGCUGCAGCUGCCGCCGGGGUUCCGGUUCCACCCGACGGACGAGGAGCUGGUGACGCACUACCUCCUGCGCAAGUGCGGCGGGCUGGCGCCGGCGGCGCCGGUGAUCGCGGAGGUGGACCUGUACAAGUUCGACCCGUGGAGCCUGCCGGAGCGGGCGGCCGGCGGGGAGAAGGAGUGGUACUUCUUCUCGCCGCGGGACCGCAAGUACCCCAACGGGUCGCGCCCCAACCGCGCCGCCGGCGCCGGGUACUGGAAGGCCACCGGCGCCGACAAGCCCGUGGGCGCGCCGCGCCCCGUCGCCAUCAAGAAGGCGCUCGUCUUCUACGCCGGCAAGCCGCCCAGGGGCGUCAAGACCAACUGGAUCAUGCACGAGUACCGCCUCGCCGACGUCGACCGCUCCGCCGCCGCCCGCAAGAAGACGGCCAAUAACAACGCGCUCAGGCUGGAUGACUGGGUGCUGUGCCGGAUCUACAACAAGAAGGGCGUGAUCGAGCGGUACGACACGGUGGACGACGACGAGGUCGCGGCGGCCAACGACGUCAAGCCGGCCGCGCCCAAGAACCCGCGCGGGGCGGCCGGCGCCGGCGGCGGCCGCGCGCCGAUGAAGGUGGAGAUGGCCGACUACGGCGGGUACUACGACGACGGGUACGACCUCGAGACGCCGUCCGCGGGGAUGCUGUGCUUCGACCGCCCGGCGGCCGUGGCCCCUGUCCCGGCUCUCGCGCCUGCGCCGGCGCUGUCGCCGGCGGCGGAGCCCGACCCGGACCGCGACUCCACCUCCAUGCCGUGGGGGCACACGGACAACUCCAGCAGCGGGUCCGAGCACGUGCUGUCGCCGUCGCCGGACCUCCCCGACCGCGACCACGCCGAGAGCCAGCCCGGCGGCGGCGGGGGCGCCGCGUGGUGGCCCGGCGCCGCCGACUGGGCAGGCGACGACGGGCUCGUGGUCCUCGACGAUGGCGGCGCGGCGCUCUUCGGCCCGCCGUCGCCGGGGCUCUUCGCCCGCGUCGACGCCGCCGCGGCCGCCGCGUUCGGGGACAUGUUCGCCUACCUGCAGAGGCCGUUCUGAAUCCUGAUCAGGGAAAGUGCAGUGUCCGCCGCCCUGCGUCUGCGUGCGUGCUCCAGGCAGCCACUGACAUGGUUGAUGUCCAUCCAGGUCGUGUAGCUCGGUUCAGGUGAAGUCGUGAGCCGGUCUAGCCGUCUAGGUCUAGCGCAGCGAAGCCGAGAUCACCAUGGCACUCCCAGCAGCUGUAGAUCAAAGGAGAAUUGGGCGGCGGGAUCAUCCGACCGAUGAUCGGCGGUCCGGUGUCCGGUUGCCAUUCAGAUGGCCGGAUCGACGUGCAGCUGACAGUUGCACACGACCACUGCACCUGAUCGCGCCCUUGCUCCUGGGCAGCAGCAGCAGCUACAUGGAAAUGGGUGUGCCAAGCAUGGUAGAUGAGAGUGGUGAUCAAGGCUGGUAGAGAGCUAGCUAGCCGUCGGAUCGGGUCUCGAUUAAUCUAACCCGUCGGGUUUUUGUCGCGUUAAUUAGUAGUAGCUGACAACAUGACAUGCCUAGUGAAUUCAAAAAUAAUAAACAGCAAAAUCAAAAGGAGUGAGAAAAUUCCGUUUCAAAAAAAGGAGUGAGAAAAAAAGAGGGAAAUACAAGUUUUGGAUUCAGGGGGCAGUUGAUGGGAUCAUGUAGUAUGUAUCUAGUGUAGCCUAGCUGUACUUAGAAUUGGUUCAGGUUGGUGGCAAACAGGCAACGCUGUAGGGUUUUUUUUUUCGUCGAGUGUUCUGCAGUAUAAUUGCAAGCAAAUGUCAUGUGCUAGAGUCGCUUUCAGUGGGUCUCUUUCUCGUGACCACGGAAGCCGGAAUUUUUGUAACGCAAUUAUAUCGGUAAUAAAGUGUCGUAAGCUGUAACUACAUGUGGCA